UCAGCUACCAGUAAAACAUGUGGAUACAUUCCAUUUUACAAGCAUCCACACAAGACAUCUGCCCUGAGAAAGAAAUGUGGUUCUCUCUUAAUGACCAAAGUUACACGUUUCAAUGGGAUUGAACGUUUGUACCCAAAACAAACCUAUUGUUACAAGAAAGUAAUUCAGUCUUUAGAAACCUUGAUUAGAAGACCUGGAUUUUUGGAAAAGUGUGAGAAGUGGAGACAAAGACAAAUUCCUAACUCCGUGAUGGCAGAUGUAUAUGAUGGACAGAUUUGGAAAGACUUCCAGUAUGUCAAUGGAAAGCCAUUUUUAGCAGAACCAAACAAUUUUGCUCUCAUGAUGAAUGUUGAUUGGUAUCAACCCUUCAAGAAUUCCCCAUACUCAGUAGGGGUAAUAUAUCUGGCCAUUUUGAAUUUGCCACGAGAGGAGCGUUUUAAGGAAGAGAACAUCAUUUUAGUUGGAGUAAUACCAGGGCCUACAGAACCAAAGAACAACAUCAACACUUAUCUUGACCCUUUGGUUGAUGAGCUCCGUGAGCUGUGGGAUGGAGUUCCCAUAUUUCAUUCUUCAUUUUUGGGGUGUCAUGUCUACAGAGCUGCUCUUCUUUGCCUUUCAUCAGACAUUCCAGCUUCACGCAAGUGUGGUGGCUUUGUGGGCCAUGCAGCUCUUAGGGGAUGUAACAAAUGCCUGAAAACAUUUAAGAAGACUUCCUUUGGUGGUAAAACGGACUACUCUGGCUUUGACCGUUCAUCUUGGGUCCCACGCUCUUCAGAGGAACACAAGCGGUAUGCAAAAAUGACUGAGAAAGCAACAACAAAGGCAGCACAAAAAAGACUGGAAGGUCAAUAUGGUGCCAGGUGGUCUGAACUUUUUCACCUCAAGUAUUAUAAUGCCAUAAGAUUGGUUUUCAUUGACCCAAUGCAUAAUCUACUUCUUGGGACAGCCAGGCACAUAUUCAGGUUAUGGACUGAGCUUGGUGUUUUAAGCACCCAAAAGCUUGAUGAAAUACAAAAAAGAAUAGACUCCUUAAAGGUGCCUCAUGAUGUGGGAAGGAUUCCUCGGAAAAUUGCCUCUGGGUUUAGUGGAUUUACUGCUCAACAGUGGAAAAAUUGGACUACUAUCUAUUCUCUUUUUUGCUUAAAGGGAUUGAUUGAUGACAAACAUUAUGAAAUGUGGUCAGACUUUGUACAAGCAUGCAUUAUCAUAUGCUCAAGAGUUAUCUCCACAGAUAGACUGGAAGUAGCAGACAAGUAUCUGCAGACAUUUCUAUCUAAGUUUGUCAGUCUGUAUGGGCCACUGAAUUGCACACCUAACUGUCACGGUGGGUAAAUACACUGCUCUCUCUGUGUCUCGUGUAUAGUGUUUACUCACUUGUGAUGGCAUGUGCUCGUUAUCCCGAUUCCCUUCACCUGUGUUGAUUGUCUCACUCCAGCUGCUCAUCAUUACAGACUCUCCAUAUAUAUACUCACUCUGCUCUCUGUUCCUCGUCAGAUCCUCGCUCUUUGUUUGGCCUCCGUGUCAUUCUGGAUUGUUUGUACAGCGUGUGUGGAUUGUUUCGUGUCGUCUUCGUGUUGGAUGUUCCGGUCUCUGUCCCAGGAUUAUAUUCCACUUCAGACCUACACCACCAACGACCAUCACAACCACCAUCACCCGCUUUACCACCGUAGCCCUUCGUGCACCAUUACCAUCAUCUGGACAUUGUGUUGUUGAUAUCCCUGUGUUUGUCUUCAUUCUAAAUAAACCUGUGUUAUUUUCCUG